UAUGUGUACCUCUUCCGCUUUCAUUUUAUCAGUGAUAGUCGAAUAUUUAGAAACAGCAUGGCAAGCAAACAAACAGUAGUUGAUAGUAUUCUCACUACAUCUCCAUCUAUUCCUAGCACAACAGUCGAAAAUGCUGCGUUAAUAGACAUUGACGAAGGAUUGUUAAUGUCUUCUAAUGUGGUCCAUGAUCUUAAAGAAUUCAGACAAAACACAGAAACUGUAUUAAAAAGAAUAAGCAGAGAUGCAACACAAGUUCUGUUUAAUUCCCUGUGGCAGCUACCAGUAGAACAAGUUGAAGGCAACUAUCUCAUUACACUUCCUGAAAUAAAGAUGUGGCUACCAAGAGAAAAACCAGUGCCUAAGAAAAAACCCUUAACAAAAUGGCAGGAAUAUGCUAAAGGAAAAGGAAUAUUAAAUAAAAAGAAAAGCCGCAUGGUUUAUGAUGAAGCAUCUGGGGAGUAUAAACCCAGAUGGGGUUAUAAAAGAGCUAAUGAUGAUACAAAACAGUGGCUCAUCGAAGUUCCAGCUAAUGCAGAUCCUUUUGAAGAUCAAUUUGCUAAAAGGCAAACAGCAAAGAAGGAAAGAGUUGCUAAAAAUGAGCUGCAUAGAUUGAGAAACAUUGCUAGAGCUCAAAAAGUCAAAGUUCCUGGUGUAGGUUUAACUCCUACUGAGAAUCCAAGCAAGGAUCACUUAUCUAAAGCCUUAGCAGUAGCACAUAAAUCUACAGCAUCCAUUGGGAAAUUUACAGAAAAGCUUCCAAAAGAAAAACCUUCAAAAUUUACAGGCAAAAAAAGAAAGUUUGAACCAUCUAUUGGCAACUUGAUGAAGGAGAAAGAAAAGCAGUUACAGAUGCUUGAAAUUAAUGCCAAAAAGAUUCCAACAAUUGAUGUCACCAAAGCUACAAACAGAGCAUUGAGAGAAGAAGAAAGAUCUAAAACUCAAGAAAGACGUCCGAGUAAAAAGACCCCAAAGAAGCUUAGAGGAAAAAAAGCAGCUUUGGGCGGUGAAAAGGUCAGAAAAGGUGGAGGUAACAAGAAAACAAGAGGAAAGAGGAGGCUUUAAGAGCAAUUAGUUAAUUCUUGACAAAAACCUGUAUAUAAUGUAUAGAAUAAAACCACACAAAAAAUAA